CCCCGGCAGAAGCUGGCGGUGCGGAGCUGCCCCGCGGCCGUGCUGGUGGGCAGCGGAGCCAGCGGCAGCGCCAAACCCGGCGGCGUCCCGGCUCUCCUGAAGGCACCGGGCGGCGGGAGCCCCAGCGGCAGCCCCGGGCAGAGCGUGGCCAUCUCCGUCCUGCCAGCCAAGGCUCCCAUCGCGAUGGUGACGGCACACCUCAACGGCGGCCUGGGAUGCAGCGCGGCGGGCGUGGAGCCCCCGCAGAGCGCACCCAUCAACCUGCAGACCACGACCAAGCUGGUCGGAACGCGCCGGCCGCCCGAGCUCGGCUCCAACACCCAGACUUUGGGAACUAUCACUGCAGUGCCCAUUAAGGUUCCUCAGGUCAGCUCCUUGCAGAGGUUGGCAGGACAAGGACCAGCAGUGCUACCUCAGGUUAGGCCAAAGACCCUGAUUCCAGACAGCCUCCCUAUCUCCCCGUGCAGAGACCAACCUUCCAAGCAGCCUCCUACCUUCCAGAAGGCGACUGUAGUCAGCAUCAAAAACCCCAGCCCUGCCCUCCCGACUGCCAAUAACACCGUCAGCCAUGUACAGACACCCAACAGCCAGUCACAAAGUGUCACCGAGCCUACAGCUAUUUCAUCACCUCUGAGCAGUGCAGGUGUGGCAUACGCCAUCAUUUCCACCUCCCCCAACAAUGCAACUCCUAUCAGCACCAGCGCGACUGUCUCCGUGGUCAACGAUAGCAUCAAAGUCCAACCACUCCUCAUUAGUGCCGACAACAAGGUUAUCAUUAUUCAGCCUCAAGUCCAAACCCAGACAGAAAGUAAAGUGGAGACAAAGAAAACUCCUGAAGAGUCAGCUCAGGGACCCCCUGCUACCAAAAAGAAAAAGGAGGAAAAUCCAGAGAAAAUUGCCUUCAUGGUAGCAUUAGGACUGGUUACAACAGAACAUUUGGAAGAAAUUCAGAGCAAGCGUCAGGAAAGAAAGAGAAGAAGCACAGCAAAUCCAGCCUACAGUGGACUCUUGGAAACAGAGCGGAAACGCCUUGCAUCGAAUUAUUUGAAUAACCCCUUGUUCCUUUCAACAAGAGCAAAUGAGGAUCCAUUCUGGAAGAGUGAGAUCCACCACGAUGAGCACUGCACUGCUUGCAAACGUGGCAUUAACCUGCAGCCCUGUGGCACAUGUCCUAGAGCAUAUCACCUCAACUGCUUGGACCCACCCCUCAAAACUGCCCCCAAGGGGGUUUGGGUCUGUCCAAAGUGCCAACAGAAGGUGUUAAAGAAAGAUGACAAUGUGCCAUGGACUGGAACUCUGGCUAUUGUUCACUCCUAUGUUACUCAUAAAACAGUCAAGGAAGAAGAGAAGCAGAAGUUAUUAAAGAGAAGCAAUGAGCUGAAGAGUGAGCAUAGACAGCUAGAAGAAAAAGAUCGACUUCUCAACAAUGCAGUGAAGAAAUGCUUAGAGCUAAAAACCAGCCUGUUGGCCCAGCAGAAAGGGACUCAGUCAUCACUGGAACGUCUCAAAACCCUCAUUAGACUGAUACAAAACGAGCAGAUGAUUCAGGUUACCAUGACGACCACCACCACCUCCUCCCUGCUAACUGUCCCCUGGAUCAAACCCUCCUCUGCCUCGGCUGCCAUGCACAAAGCCUUGCAGCAAUCACAGGGUAACAACUGACAGCGCCGACCGCGAGAGAGCGAAGGAAGGGGGGGGAAGAAAACCACAACUUUACACGAAUGCGCAGAGGAGAGAUUAAACCGAAACAAAGGAGAGGAGGAACAGUCUCAGUUUUGAUACGUGUAGAAACUUGCAGACCAAU